AACACAUUUUGGAACUACUUAUUCGUUGCGGGUGCUAUUUUUUUUAAAGAUCUUUCAAUACGCAAACCUUUUAAACCUACCGUUAGCCGUUCUUGAUUACUUUGGUGACGUGUAACGUGUAACGUGACAUGCCAAGAAGCUAAACACUAUUCCCGGGCUCCGCGUCACAAAAACCCAAAUGUGUAUUCAGUAUAAUUCUCCAACAUACAGCGUUGAAGAUGCUGCUCUACCUACCUGGUGACAAGCAUCAGGUAGGACUCAGGUAGGAACGUGGCCAUGGCACUGCUUAGCAUCUUAGCAUCUUAGCAUCUUAGCAUCAUAGCAUCUUAGCCUGACACUACGGAUUGACAAGACGCCCCUAUGCAGACGGAAUGUAAGAACAUAUAUGAUGAUGAGUACACAGUCUUAAAUCUACGACCACAAUAUCAAACUAUUACUAAUUUCGAGCGAAUGAAUUCAGGAGAAUUCAAGACUGAAUUCUGUACAUUCUCAAAUGUAUGUUGUUUGGUGACCAUGUGCAUAUGGGCCUAGUUCUCUGCAUCCACUCGGUCGAGGGAAUGCGGAAUCCUUUUUGUUUUCUGAGAAUCUAUCCGGCUUCCCCCCCCCCCUUAAAUCAUCGUCAUCAUCAUCAUCUUCGUCAUGGCUUCAACGUUUAACCCUGUGCCCCAGUUAUCCUCCAUGUCUAGCACUGAUAUGCUAAUGCUUUCCUGUGUACCCGACUUUAUGUUCAUUUCUUUUGUAUCAUUUUGUCUGAAUUCGGUUUGUUUUUAGAUCAAGGAAGCAACAUCUACCGAAAGCCGCCAAUCUACAAAAAACACGACCCCGAGCCCAAGAUGGGUAGAUCAGUUACCAUGGUUACCGACCUAGACACACCUGCACUAGCGCCCCCCAGCAAGUGCGCUGAUGACAUCAUCAGGUCCGCUACCUUCCCCGCCGCCCACGCCCCUUGUCGGGACGACAGCCCGCAGGGCGGGGGGGGCGACCUGAGGCCCUACUCUCUGGCUGCGUUAGGGUCAGGAGGAGAGGGAAGGAGGAGGUCAAGAGAGGAGGAUGAGGAGGAGGUCUUGAAAAGAAAACUGCUACAAGAAGAGCACCUCACCAAGAUCCAGUCGGGUCUGGGGAAACUGAUCCUGAAGGAGGAGAAGGAGAAGGAGCAGAGCCGGGAGCGCCACUCACGCAGCGUCUCGGCCCAGCGCUAUGACCCCAAGCCGUCCAACUGUGAAGCCGAGCCAACCUCUCCCUCAAAAACGAACUCUCUCCCUGGGUACGGAAGGAACGGCCUGCAUCGGCCCCAGUCAACAGACUUCACUCAGUACAACAGCUACGGCGACAUGUGUGGAGGAGGAAGAGAGUUUCAGGUAUGUCCUUCCAUCUGCUUUCUCACCUGGCAUGCUUCUCACCUAGCAUCGUAG